UUGACAGCCAUUAGUUUUUUGUUGCAUGUUUUGGUCGUGUGAUAGAACUUAGAAGUGAAGAGGGAAAUUCUUAAAGUGCAUAGUAUUACCAAAGUUACCCUACUGUAAUUAUGGUCUUGACUUUGCCACAAAUAUUGUUGUGUGUUGGAAUGCUGGUUACAGGCUCCAUCAAUACACUAAGUAAAAAGGCUCAAAAUGACUGCUAUUCUCCAGGGUAUCCAGAUUCUAGGUUUAACAAUACAGUGAAAGAUCACAAAUUUGAUCAUCCUUGGUUUCAGACAAUUAUAAUGUUUACAGGAGAAAUGGCUUGCUUAAUUGGUUUAUGUCAUGUUCGAUGGAAAGAGAGGAAGAUGCACUUAUUGCAAGAAAGAAACAGACUGAUGGUUUCUCCUGGUACUUCAGAUGGACUGUCAUCGAGAAUCAUAAACCCAUCACAACCUAGGGUAUUUCAGUGGAUUUUUGUACUUCCAACAGUUUGUGAUUUAAUUGGAACUUCUUUAGCAGGAAUCGGUUUGUUAUAUGUUGAUGCUUCUGUGUGGCAGAUGCUAAGAGGAUCCAUUAUAAUCUUCACUGGGAUUUCUUCUAAAAUCUUCCUGAAGAGGAAACUGCAUGGGCUUCAGUGGACUGGGAUUAUAGUCACCACAGUAGGAUUGGUGCUGGUUGGAUUGUCAGAUGUUUUAGAGGAACAUCAUAGUAGUGACUCAAGGGUUGUGCUUGGAAUCAUUCUGAUUUUAGCAGGACAGCUGGCUAAUGCAAUACAAAUGAUAAUAGAAGAGGUUUUCUUAAAAGGCAGAGGUUAUCAUCCUUUGCAGGUUGUUGGAAUGGAAGGAACCUUUGGGUUUGUCAUCAUGGCUGUGGCUGUACUCCCUGUCAUGUACUUCAUUCCUGGGCCACAAGUUGGAGGAAGCUAUGAAAACAGUCUUGAUGCUGUCUACCAAAUUGGCCAGGACUACAGACUGUUACUCUUUAGUCUCCUGUAUUUAUCAUCUAUAGCCUUUUAUAACUAUUUUGGUCUUGCUGUUACCAAAUCAUUAACAGCUGUUCACCGUACCUUGAUUGAUGCUUGUAGAACUAUCCUUGUGUGGGCUUGUGGUUUGAUCGUCUACUACUUUAUUGACAAAAGUUUUGGAGAGCCAUUUGACAAACAAUAUGGAAUUAUUCAAGUGGAUGGGUUUUUCUUCUUGAUGAUUGGCACUGCAUUUUACAAUGAACUAAUGGAAAUUCCUUUCAUUCCUUGGCUGCGACGACCUAUCAGUGAGACAUACCCAAGCCUGGUGGAUGCUGACUCUCCAUCUUACGAGGGUAGCAUUAAUAGUGAAGUUGAAGUCAAUGAAAGAUCAUCUUUACUUCCUGCAGUGUCUUCAUCACCAGCAUAUAGUUGAUUAAUAUACGACUUACUAAUGAAACUUAAUGUUUUUUGUUUUCUGUUAUGUUCAAAUUUCUCUGCAAGUAUUGUUUUCUUUAUGGCUAAUUUUGAAUACUUAAAUGUUUAAAGGGUUCUUUGAAAAUGAAUUCCUUUCUGUGUAAGAACAAAGUUUCGUAAAAUGAAAAUUAUAUAGAUUUAUGUUUCACGAAAAAGUUUAACCUUUUCUAAAAU